AUGCCCCACGCGGCGCUACCUGCCUCCGCCAUGUCGGCCCCGCCGCGCCACCCACACUUCUACACCGUUGAGGUCGGCGACACACGCUUCACCAUACUCAAGCGCUACCAGAACUUGAAGCCCAUCGGAUCCGGAGCACAGGGAAUAGUAUGCGCCGCAUAUGACACGGUGACACAACAGAAUGUCGCCAUCAAGAAGCUAUCUCGGCCAUUUCAAAAUGUGACACACGCGAAGCGGGCGUACCGCGAAUUCAAACUUAUGAAACUCGUCAAUCAUAAAAAUAUAAUCGGUCUACUAAAUGCGUUCACGCCGCAAAAGAGCCUGGAAGAGUUCCAGGACGUAUACCUGGUGAUGGAGCUGAUGGACGCCAACCUCUGCCAGGUGAUACAGAUGGACCUGGACCACGAGAGGAUGAGCUACCUCCUCUACCAGAUGCUCUGCGGCAUCAAGCAUUUGCAUCUCGCUGGAAUUAUACAUCGGGAUCUAAAGCCGUCCAACAUAGUAGUGAAGAGUGACUGCACGCUGAAGAUCUUGGACUUUGGCCUGGCGCGCACCGCCGGCACCACCUUCAUGAUGACGCCCUACGUCGUCACCAGAUACUACCGCGCACCUGAGGUGAUCCUGGGCAUGGGUUACACGGAGAACGUGGACAUCUGGUCGGUGGGCUGCAUCAUGGGAGAGAUGAUCCGCGGCGGGGUCCUCUUCCCCGGCACCGACCACAUCGACCAGUGGAACAAGAUCAUUGAGCAACUGGGCACUCCGUCGGCGGCGUUCAUGGCGCGGCUGCAGCCGACAGUGCGCAACUACGUGGAGAACCGGCCGCGGUACACCGGCUACAGCUUCGAGAGACUCUUCCCCGACAUACUCUUCCCCAGCGACAGCAACGAGCACAACCGGCUCAAGGCGUCGCAGGCGCGGGACUUGCUCUCGCGUAUGCUGGUCAUUGACCCCGAGCGUCGCAUCUCUGUGGACGAGGCUCUGCUGCAUCCCUACAUCAACGUUUGGUACGACGAGGGAGAGGUCAACGCGCCGGCGCCGGCGUCGUACGACCACUCGGUGGACGAGCGCGAGCACACGGUGGAGCAGUGGAAGCAGCUCAUCUACCAGGAGGUCGUCGAGUACUCCGCGCCGCCGCCGCCCGCCGCGCUCGCCGCGCCGCCCGACCACGCCCAGCCCGCGCUCACCACAUAG